AUGGCGGGCAACAACAACAACCAGUUCUCAUUCGGCCAAGCCGGCAGCACCAGCGGCGCUGGAUCGAGUGGCAGCAUCUUUGGCUCUGCUGGCGCAAACAACAAUUCCAAUCCGUUCGGCAGCACCAACACCUCGCAGGCCGGUAACAGUGGAGGGGGACUGUUUGGGAAUGCUGCACCGUCGACUGGUGGCAGUGGUCUGUUCGGAAACACGACCGCAAAUACAUCUCAAGCCGGUACCAGCAGCGGAGGCGGCUUGUUUGGCAACACUGCGACCAGUGGAUCAGGAUCGGGCGGUCUCUUCGGCAGCGCAGGCAACACCUCUUCGGGCGGCACCACUGGUGGCCUCUUUGGUGGCUCGGCGACACCCACAUCAUCUGCAUUCGGCAAUGGCACUACACCUGCGACAUCCGGCCAAGGCCAGCCAUCGCUCUUCGGAUCUACAACAGCUGGCUCAAGCGUUUUCGGAGGAGGCUCAGGUACGACAUCCGGCUUCAAGUUUGGCACAGCGAAUUCCUCUGCUGCCACACCCCCGGCCACCUCGACACCCACAGCUUCGCAAGCGACGAGCGCACCAAGCCUUUUCGGCAACACCACUGGCACCAGUACCGGCGCAUUCGGAAACCAGCAGCAAACAACUUCUACUCCGGCCACCGGCAGUUCCAAUACGUGGUCGUUUGGCAAUCUCGGAAGCAACAACUCCGGCACUGAAGUCAGCAAGUCGGGAGAUGCGGCAGGUUCGACAAACGCGCAGACGCCAGCCCCCAGCAGCGGUGGUCUCUUUGCGCCAAAGGCACAGAGCUCGUUGUUUGGCAAUACCACUACGCCCGCAUCUUCUGCAUCGCAGCAGAGCAAACCAAGCCUCUUUGCCCCUUCCACGUCAUCCGCUCCCGCCGCACCAGCGAGUGGCGGACUGUUCUCCCACCUUGGUGCAGGCAGCACCACACCCCAGGCUCCGAAGCCGUCACCCUUGAGCUUCUCCACCACGCCAGCCGGUAACCCUCCAAACAAUUCCCUGUUUGGCGCGCAGCAAUCGACGCAGGCACCCGCGUCUUCUGCCACGGCAGCCGGCAGUGCCCCCGCAAGUGCAUCCUUGUUUGGCGAGGUCAAACAAGGGCAGGCUCAGCAACCAUCAACCAGUCAACCUGCUACAGGAGGAUCGCUAUUCAGCCUGCCGUCAUCGACUUCCGCCAGCAAUACGCAGAGUCAAGCUCCGGCGGCAACCGGCACCUCUCUGUUCCAGCAGCCUGCCACUCAAAGCUCGACCACCGCUUCACAACCUACUGCUGGGGGGCUCUUCAGCCAGCAAGCAACAUCUGCAGCUGCGACAAGCAAACCCGGCCUCUUCUCUGGCCUUCAGGCGGGUGCAACAACGGCUACUUCUCAGCCGGCUGCGAGCACCACACCUUCCCUCUUCACCCUCGGACAAACCACAGCAAGCUCGGGGAGCCAACCUGCCGCCACCACUGCAACUACUUCGGGCUCUUCGCUGUUUGGCGGUGCUGCUUCCACGGCGACCACUCCAGCAGCCGCAGCACCAGGCGGAUCAACUACGGCGGGCCUCGGCGCGAGCACUGCUGGUCCCCCAUCGGCCAGCACCUCCGGACCAGCACCGCCCGCGACGUCUCGCCUGGCGCAAAAGUCCAUGGACGAAAUCCUGACCAUGUGGAGCACGUCGCUCGCCUCGCAUCAAAAGACGUUCAGCCAGCUCGCCACGCAGGUGAGCAAAUGGGACCGAGAGCUGGUGGAGAAUUCGGGCAAGAUCAGCGGUCUUUACGGUCGCUGCUUCCAGGCCGAGCGCGACUGCACGGAAGUUGAGAGGCAAUUGAGCGUGGUUGAGCAUGGGCAGGUGGAGCUCGAAGCGGCGUUGGAGAGAUACGAGGCACAAGUCGACCGCAUGAUUGAGAGUUCUGGUGGAGACAAUGAUGGAGGAUUGGGAGGAGUGGAAGGGGAGAGGGAGAGGACAUACAAAUCCGCCGAAGCCAGCUCUGCUCGCAUCGGAGAAAUGUCGCACGCACUGAGCGACAUGAUUGAGGAAAUCAACAUCGCGUCCAGCCGGCUCUCUUCGCACAACAAUGUGGCAUCGCGGCAAGAUGAUCCACUGGCGCAGAUUGUGAGGGUGCUGAACUCGCAUCUCACGCAAUUGCAGAGGAUUGACGAGGGCGCAAGCGAUUUGGGCAAGAGGGUGGAAGGGGCAAGGGUGGAGGCGAAGACAUUGGGUCAGAGGGCGGGAGUGAAUGGAGCGGGAUGGGUAGAGGGUUUUGGUCGGGCAUACUUGGGGAGAUCGUAG